AGUUUUAGUUGAAAGAUCGCCAUUUGUAAGCGAUAGACAAAACAAAAGUUCAAUUUUGUAAGAAUUGAAAAGAAACUAUUAAAAAUGAUGUUUUAAAAAAUUUCAUUUUCGUUUAACUAGUGCAAAAUAUCGGCUUAACAAAAUGCCUACAUCGUGUAGUGUGUAUGGUUGUAGUAAUAGAUUUUCCAAAGAGAAAAAAAUUCAAUUUUUUACUUUUCCAUUCAAGGAUGAGCAUAGACUCGCAGCUUGGAUAACAGCAGUUCAUAGAAAAGAUUGGAAGCCUUCUAAGGCAAGUAGAAUUUGUAGUGCGCAUUUCAAGCCGCAAGAUUUCUUGCAUCGUCCUAGUACAGCUUGGUAUCCAUAUAUCAGACGUUUAAAGCACGACGCUGUUCCAUCUGUAUUUUCAAACUAUUCUGAUACUUUGGAAUCGAACAAGUCAAAAUUAAAAAAAGAAAAAAUUAUGACAUCUGCUAGAAGUGAGCCCAAAUGUUCUAACAAAUCAGAACAAAGUUUUGACGAUCGACAAUUAUAUUCUAAUGGAUUAAACAAAAUAACUUUAGAAGUAAAAAACAACGAGGAACAAAUGGAAGUUAAAUUUACAGACUCGAAAAAAGAUUUAAUAAUUGAUAAAUUGCAACAUAAAAUUCAUAUAUUGAAACGACAAAUAAAUAAAAAAGAUACAAAAAUAGAACGUAUGAAAGAAUUGAUAUCACGUUUGCGAAAAAGAAGAAUCUAUAAUCUUUCUUGGAAAUUAUUAAAAGAUAAUAGAAUGUACAUUCUUACUCGACAAAGUCGUCGUAAAUCUGUGGCGCCACAGAUAAGUUAA